GUGUGUGUGUCUGUUUGUUUGUUUUGCUGCAGAGGUACUGUAAAGGUGCCAUGUUGACCAGACUGUUCAGUGACCCGUCCUUACUCUCCAACGUCCACCGUUUCCCCAGCUGGGCUGAGGACAGCGAAGGGGAGGAGUCAAAGACACAGGAGGAGGAGUCAGUACGGGUAGGGCUUGGUGAGGACCAGCUCGAACAUGCCGGACGAACGCCCUCCUCUGACAUCGCCCUGGAUGAUGAAGAUAACGAGGAUGACGAAGAUGAUGAUGACGAAGAGGAGGGGGAAGGGGAGGAGGAAGCCGGCGGCGGCGGUGGCGACGACGACGACGACCAGCCACGGAAACGCGGGCCGAAGAAGAGGAAGAUGACGCCGGCCCGCAUGGAACGUUCCAAGGUGCGUCGCAACAAGGCCAAUGCCCGGGAGCGCACGCGCAUGCAUGACCUCAACUCGGCCCUGGACAAUCUGCGCAAAGUGGUGCCAUGCUACUCCAAGACCCAAAAGCUGUCCAAAAUUGAGACACUGCGGCUGGCCAAGAACUACAUCUGGGCCCUGUCGGAGAUCCUUCGCUCAGGGAAGCGGCCCGACCUGGUGCAGUACGUGCAGACGCUGUGCAAGGGUCUCUCCCAGCCUACCACCAACCUGGUGGCCGGCUGCCUGCAGCUCAACACGCGUAACUUCCUCACCGAGCACUGCCAGGACCCUACUUCUGCCCGUUACCACGGCAGUGGAGGGCCCUACCCCUCAGGCGGCUCCUCGGUCCACGGGUACCACCCUUACCCCUGCUCACGCCUCUCUAGUUCGCAGUGUGGAGGCGCAGGGGUGGGGUCAGGAGGUGCGGGGCUUUCUCUGCGUUCCCAUGGAUACUGCCCACCGUAUGACUCGCUGUACGGAGCCGGGGGCGGGGGCGGGGGCGGGGGCGGGGGCGGCGGCUCGCCGGAGUACGACAGCGGGGAGUACGAGGCUGGCGCCAGCCCACCUCUGCCCCUCUACAUCAACGGGAACUUUUCCCUGCGCCACCAGGACUCGGCGUCACCGGACGUGGCCGACAGGGGCUACCACUACUCUAUGCACUACUCCACGGGGCCUGGGACCAGAGCCGGUGCCGGUGCGGGGGCAGGGGGUGGGCACGGCGGCCUGGUGUUUGGCUCCAGAGGAGGGGCGGUACAUGGGGCAGCCGCAGCAGGCGUGCACGCAGACGGCGCCGUGCUGCCUUACCACCAUGACAUGCACCUGCAUCAUGAGCGCACGGCACUCUAUGAGGACGUGAACGCUUUCUUCCACAACUGACCCCGGGAGUGAUCCGAGCUCAUCUUUAGUAUGUGUGUGUGUGCGAGUCAGAUGUGUACGUGUGAGAGGUCCAUGUGUGUGAAUGCAUGUGCGUUGUAAAGAAUACAAAAUCAGCCUGCUGUAUUGUACUAUUUGACACAUUUCCCAACUCCAUUUUACCUGCAUUCACACCUAUGUAAUAACACAGUUACUACUCCCCCAACUCCCAACACUGAUAUUACUGGUGGACACAAAACUGUGAAGGACAAACUAUUUACUUUUUCUUUUAAUUUAAUUUCCUUUCAAAUAUUUAUGACACUGGUGUGAAUCUGAAAAGAUGACUAUUUGAAUCAUGUGUACAGAGCCAUGGCUAUAGCCAAGUUAAAAAAAAAAAAAGACUGACAGAAAUAAAAGUCAAAAAACAUCUCUGAGAUAUCCCAGCCUCCAUCAUUGAAUUUGAAAAGGUGUGUACGGUAUAGCAAUCAUUUUCCAAAGGGAAAUUUAGUGGGCCUGGGUAGUAGAAUCAUAUCACAAAGAUAUGAUAUGGAAGAGAUGAUAAGCAAUGGAAAUUGAAUCAAAAUGACUUACAAAAGCCUCAAAUAUGAUAGUAUUCGAGUGGAACAACGUUGACAUGUAUCGUAGCCUAUGUUGGUUUUUUUCUUUUUUUAAUGAAAUGUUUACAUUUGCAGUAGACAGUUGGGUGUUUUUCCACUGAGUAACAGACAAAACAUAUACAUACUGUUUAUUUAUUUAAAUGGGGCAAACGCUGGUGUUUUGGGUUGUGAGGAAUACAAAUUUAAACAUUUUAUUAUUUUUACUAUGAUUAGCAAUGCACUGAGUAGACCCUGCCUUCCCCAAUAGUUCUUAGACGUUUAAAUUAAUUAUUAGAUCUAUAAUCUUAUUUAAACGUAUGUAACUUUUAGAUGUGUUGCUAUUUAAUUUCUAAAGAUCUAUCUAAUCAGCUAAAAAACACACACAAUUUACAUAUAUAUAUUUUUAUAUGCAACAGCAUUUCAGGCAA